CGGGCAAGAAGAAACGUAGACAACGGGAAAAAGCUUCCUCCGAUCUGCUCUUAACUCAACCAGUCAACAUCAGCUCUUCCUUCCGAAACCCCUAAUUCAGAAUUUGAUCAGUUCGAUCUGCAAUUAUGUUUCUGAGGUUUAAAUUGAGAUUUGGAGCUGGUUACUGUUUCUAGGUCGUUCAGCUUCAUGCUUUAUGAGAUUUUGAUACUGAAUCUCACAACAACAUCAUGAAUUUUUUAGUUGGAGCUUUUAAACCACCAUGCAGUAUUUCAAUUUCGUUUGCCGAUGGAAGAAGUCGGAAGCAGGUUCCAUUGAAGAAGGAAAAUGGUAAAACAGUUAUGGUCCCUCUCUUCCAGAGUCAAGAAAACAUUGUUGGAGAGGUUGUUUUAGAACCAGUACAAGGGAAGAAGGUUGAGCAUAAUGGUGUUAAGAUUGAGCUUCUCGGUCAGAUAGAGUUGUAUUUUGAUAGAGGCAACUUCUAUGAUUUCACAUCACUCGUACGUGAACUUGAUGUCCCUGGUGAACUGUAUGAAAGAAAAGCAUAUCCCUUUGAAUUUUCCACUGUGGAGAUGCCAUAUGAAUCAUAUAAUGGGAUCAAUGUAAGGCUUAGGUAUAUUUUGAAAGUGACAAUCAGUAGAAACUACGUUGGCAACAUUGUGGAGCACCAAGACUUUGUGGUUCGCAACUAUUCUCCUCUUCCAUCAAUCAAUAAUAGUAUUAAGGUAAGUUCAACACUUGAAUCUUGAUGCUUUUGCCAACUAUGACAUACAUUGUUGACAUGAUGUUUCUACUCUGAAAACUGUCACAAUACUAUCUAAUAUUUAUUUGUUUUUAAUGUUGAAGUUAAUUUUCUAUGGAACUUACACAUAGUUUGUGUCAAUGUGGCUUGAAUUUGUCCUGACUCUCCAGCACAGUUUAGUCCCAUGUUUGGCUAUAUUGAGAAUGUUUCAUAGUCUUUUAUCUGGGUCUUUAUAUACCAUCUUUAUUCUUAUGGAGUGCAUGAUGAGCUAAGUGUUGAUGUUUUUCUGCCAGUAAUAGGAACUGUAAGCUGUGACUUUAACCGUUUCUAAGGCUGUACAUUAACCAAGCUUUUUGCUCAUAAAUGUUCCUUUCUGCUCAGCUUGAGUACUAGUUCAAGAUUGUUGAUUAAAUUUGAUAAACAAAUUUGAGCUUGAUUUUCAAGUGCAGCUGUGUGAGAUUUUCAAGGUCAUUCUCUAAAUGGGCCGAGCUUGAGCUUAGGGAUGCUUGUGCUUGUUAAAGUUUAUUUAACAGAACUUGUUUGCAGCAUAAUUAUAAGCCUACAGACUUGUUUGUGGGCUUGUUCACAUGUUUAUUUAUGAACUUGUUUGGAAGCAUGCUUAAUGGUGAUAAAGAAAAAAAAAAAUACUGUUUAAUUUACUUCAAGAGGUUCUUUAUGGCUUUUAGCGACAGCAAUAAAACUUUAACCUGGAGCUUAAUCCAGGCAGUGCCUGAGAAUGCUCAUUAAAGCAUCCUGAUUCCUUCAUUUGUGAUUUUAUUAUUGACAUGGUGUAGAUAUUCCACAAAUUUUUAUGAUAUGCCAUUUUUUAUGUUUGUACUGAUGCUUCUUUAGAUGGAAGUUGGAAUUGAGGAUUGCCUACACAUUGAAUUUGAAUACAGUAAAAGCAAGUAA